AUGCCAUUUGCACCUUUUACUGGGGUAAAUCAUCAUAGACAGUCAGUGCUGUUUGGCUGUGCAUUGCUCGCAGAUGAAACUGAAUCGACAUUCAUUUGGCUUUUCACAACUUGGCUUGAGGCAGUGUCUGGACGGCAACCAGGUUUAAUCAUAACCGAUUAUGAUUCUGCCAUUAGUAGAGCUGUAGAAAAGGUUUUUCCACAGUCAAGGCAUCGAUAUUGCAAGUGGCACAUCAUGAGCAAAAUGCCAAAGGAAAUGGGCAACGUGUAUAGUUCACUUCCUAAAACAUUCCAAGUGGAAUUUGAUAGAUGUGUUAAUAAGAGUGAGACACCUGAAGAGUUCGAAUGUGCUUGGCAGCUGCUUCUUGAGAAGUUCAAUCUUAGAGGAAAUGAAUGGCUUCAAUCACUUUAUAUUGAUCGGAAGCUGUGGGUAUCAACAUAUGUAAGAGACACUUUUUUUGCUGGCAUGUAUUCUACGCAGAGAAGUGCUAGUGUGAGCUCUCUUUUUGAUGGCUAUGUAACUGCAAGGACUACAUUACAAGACUUUGCAGAGCAAUAUGAGAAGGCUUUGGAUGAUCGGUACGAGAAGGAAGCAAAAGCAGAAUUUGAAACUUUCUACACAAGGCCAAUCUUGAAGACACCUCUUCCCAUGGAAAAGCAAGCAUCGGAAGUUUACACUAGAAAAUUGUUCUCUAUAUUUCAGGAAGAGAUUUUUGAAUCUAUUGUGCUUGCUGUAAAAUUAAGUGGAGAUGAUGGUGGAACAAGAACUUACGAGGUAGCAAGAUUUGAUGAAAAGCAUAGAGUUUACUUUGUUGCUUUGAGUAUUUCUGAACAAAUAGCCAGUUGUAGUUGUAAAAUGUUCGAGUUUGAAGGUAUCUUGUGUAGACACGUGAUUGCGAUAUACAAGAUGACAAAUGUUUUUGUGCUCCCAAAACAUUAUAUUUUGAAGCGCUGGACUAAAAAUGUGAAGGAUGAGGCUAUGCUGGAUAUGCAGCCCUGCAUGAAGAUGCAAGAUAAUUCUCAAAAAAGCAAAAACUCACAAUACAAUAUUUUAUAUCAAGAAGCACUUAGAUGUGCUGAGGAAGGGAUGACAUCUGACCAUAUUUUUAAGGUGGCAUUAAGUGCCUUACAAGAGGCUAGGAAUAAAAUUAUUGAUGCAAAGAAAAAUGCUAUCAAUCCCAGUGAACUAGAAACCAUAGCAUGUGCUAGCUAUCAGGACGAAAACACAAAGGGUGCUAGUCAAGUAGACAGUUCGUCGGUGUUACUAACUUCUUCAGAAAAUCAGAAAGCUAGCACAGGAGGAUCUUCCGAAGAAGAUAAUAUCUCCAAAUAUACUUCGGAGCAGUCAUCAAAUAGAGUUGGUAUAUGCACUAAUUGUAAUUGCCCUGACCAUGAGAGUCAUGAUUGCUUGUGGUUGAAGGAUUCUAGCCAAGACACUUCCAUGGUGCAAUUAGUUGGUUCCAGUGCUGAUGACUUUAUUUGA